AGUUGCCUAUGCCACAGCUUAUACAGACUGGGUGGAACAGUGGAUUUGCAGGUCAGGGAAAGGUUCUUGAACAUUGAUUACGCUUUUGCAGGAGCUAUUGCAGGGGCUGAGACCCUGCCAGUCAUAUAUCUGUCAUAUGAUUUGGCAUGUAUGUGGUUGCCAAAGUGGAAAGAAAGGAUGAAAUUGCAAUUUCCUCAUCUGGUGCCACUUUGGGACCACAUUAUGUUUGUCAUACCCAAAAUGCAUGAAUAUGCUCAUCACAAGCAAUGUCAUUAUUGCUUCUCUCUCUUGUUGAAACUGGGAGCUGCUGGGGUGGAUGGGGAGGGAGUUGAGAGGAGUUGGGUGGAGCAUAACCAACUUGGGGGCAGUACCAAGGAGAUGAAUCUGGGCCAUUGUCUGGACUGCCUGGAAGCUCACUUUACCAACUGGAAUUGGAAGAAA